UCGUCGGGGGCUCCCCGCUGCCUCCCUCCCUCCCUCCCUCCACCCCGUCUGCAGUGGGCUCCUCGGCCACCUCCCCCCUCCCUCUGCACAGCCGGAGGCCGCCCGAUGGAAGGUUUCCAGCACAUGCAGUCUGUCCAAUGGCCACCCAACCUUGCCCCAGUCACUCCCUACAUCCGGAUAUUGGAGCAGCCAAGCAGCGGGGCAUGCGGUUCCGGUACAAGUGCGAGGGGCGCUCGGCUGGGAGCAUUCCCGGGGAGAAGAGUACAGACAGUACGAGGACGUACCCCGCCAUUGAGAUUGUGAACUACCUGGGUCCGGCCCGGGUCCGGAUAUGCCUGGUCACCAAGAAGGAGCCGUACAAACCCCACCCCCAUGACCUGGUGGGCAAGGACUGCAAGGAUGGUUACUACGAGGCCGACCUCCCGGAGAGGAGCGUCCACAGCUUCCAGAACCUGGGAAUUCAGUGCGUGAAGAAGCGCGAGGUGGCCAUGGCCUUGCAGAACCGGCUCAGCAAGAACGUCAACCCCUUCAACGUCCCAGUGGAGGAGCUGCAGAAUGACUCCGAGGAGGAUCUGAACGUGGUCCGACUCUGCUUCCAGGUCUUUCUCCCCAACGAGAUGGGGAUCUGCUCCGUGCCGCUACAACCCGUCGUCUCCAACCCCAUCUACGACAACCGAGCUCCAAACACAGCAGAGUUGAAGAUCUGCCGAGUAAACAGGAACUCAGGAAGCUGUCGGGGUGGAGAGGAGAUCUUCCUGCUUUGUGAUAAGGUUCAGAAAGAGGACAUCGAGGUGCGUUUCUUCACCAGUGACUGGGAGGGCAAGGGCUCCUUCUCGCAGGCGGACGUGCACCGGCAGGUGGCCAUCGUCUUCAAGACGCCCCCGUACAAGGACGUGAUGCUGAGCCAGCCCGUCACUGUACACAUGCAGCUGCGCCGGCCGUACCGAUAAGGAAGUCAGGCGACGCCAAUGGAGUUCCAGUACCUCCCCGAGGACAAAGGUACCCCCUCCCCACCCCGCCCACGGCCGGGAACCCACCCCAGCACUUGGGGGAACGUCUCCUGGAGUGAGCGGCUUCGUGCGUGUGUGAGCGGCAGUGAACAUCAGAUCGAGUUGAUAGAGUCAGUGAGUUGCUACAGUAAACAAAGCAGCCAUUUGGCCCAUUGAGUGUGUGCUAGCACCUCCGAGAACAGCCCCAUCCGGUCCACUCCAUUGUUUUCUCUCAAGUGUUUUGUCAAUUCCAUUUUGAAGGCACAGACAGUUUCUGGUCAAUUCCACAUCAUUCCCCUCUCCACGUGAUAACUAGGUUUCCUUGCCACCCUCUUGUACCUGUUGCUGAGUGACUGUUGUGUGUGUGUGUGACUGCUGUUUACCCAAAGGACAGACUGCGUCCGUUUUACAGAGACUAUGAAGGACUGUGUGGCUCUGUGU